ACUGCUGCUUCUAGUAACUCUCCCCGCUCUCACCAGCACAGGCUGAUUUGAAUUCCUAGGCUUCAGUUUAUUGCAAUGGGGUUCCACAUCCUGCUGUGUGUGUCAGCACUGCUGCUAAUCAAUGGUGUCAGCAUCGUAACGUCGGCUACGGUUCCUCCAAGUAUGCCCUCCACCACUACAUCAAGAAGCACUGCUGGUGUCAGCACUUUAACCACGACCACUGUUCCUCCAAGUACAACCUCCACCACUACAUCAAGAAGCAAGACUGGUAUGAGCUCCACAACCACUACUGCUCCUCCAAGUGUCAGCACCAUAACCUCAACUACGUCUCUUACAGGCACAACCUCCACUGCUGGAGCAAGAAGCACUACUAGUGUCAGCUCCAUAACCUCAACCACUGUUCCUACAAGCACGACCUCCACUGCAGGAUUAAGAAGCACCACUGGUGUCAGCUCCGUAACCUCAACUACUGCUCCUACAAACAAGACCUCCACCGCUGGGUCAAGAAGCACUACUGGUGUCAGCCCUGCACCAUCAACCACUGCUCCUACAAGCCCAACCUCCACCGCUGGAUCAAGAAGCACCACUGGUGUCAGCUCCGUAACCUUAACUACCGCUCCUAAAAGCACAACCUCCACCGCUGGGUCAAGAAGCACUACUGGCGUCAGCACUGUAACCUCCACUACGGCUCCUACAAUCUCCACCACUGGUUCAAGGAGCACUACUGGUGUCAGCACCGUAACAUCAACCACUGUUCCUACAAGCACAACCUCCUCAGCUGGAUCAAGAAGCACCACCGCUCUGUAA